AUGGAUGAUACUUUAACUUUGCAAUUUGUCGCCGAAGCAAUGUCGUCUCUAAUUGGCUGUCGUGUAGUGGCAACCGAAUCCGAAGGACCUGCUUUGGAUAUUGAUUUAGUUCACAAAUAUUGUCUUUUUAAAGUAGAUGACAAUGGUGAAGUUGUUAAAAGACCUCGAUUUGAAGAUCAUGAUUGUUUUAGACCAGAAAAUUGCGAAUAUUGCGGACAAAGACAUAUUAGGCAAGAAUAUGAAGAAACAUGGCAAGGCAGUAACGAUAUGACACAAAUUUUUUUCAACAUUUUCGGAGAAAGUCGUUCAAUAUUCGUGGAUCUGAAUAGCACCGUCCUCAGAUUAAGAAGAGAAAUUCAAGAAAGACUUGAAACCGACGAACCUUUAAGUCUCAGACAUUUUGGUCACCCAUUGAUUGAUUGUCGUACUCUAGGCUCAUACGACAUUACACAAGGAAGUACCAUACACGUAUCACAUAGACUAUUAGGUGGCUUUCUCGGUCAUUAUACUAUUGCGAAAAGUUUCUUAAAACCCCAAUUCGAUUAUGAUUACACAUAUAGGCGAGACAAUGGACUACAUAGACGCGGAUAUGAGCGAUACCAUCUACCUAUCGGAUGGAAAAAAUUUGGUCUUAACGUUGACAGGUAUGGUGAUUAUAAAUGGCUAGGCACUGGUUUAGAUGCAUGGCCAAUAUCUUAUCACGGCACUGAUGGCGAUGCCGCUGGUAGUAUUGCUGUUGGUGGCUAUGAUAUAAACAAAGGAAAAAGAUUUGCAUACGGGAGAGGAAUUUAUUCAUCUCCUUAUUCUGAUGUAGCUGAAAAAUAUUCUAAAGAAUUUACAUUUAGUUUAGACAAUAAUAAAUACAAGUUGAUGUUUCAGAAUAGGGUUGACCCUACUGAUCUCCGAAAGGAAAACCAAGAUAAAUAUUGGAUUACAAAUUCGGAUCAAAAUAUUAGACCAUAUGCGUUAUGUUAUAAAAGAAUUGAUUAG